AUGGCAACCCUCAAUGCACAAGAAGGUCAAUCGGUGGUAAGACCUCCUUUCUUUGAUGGUAAUGACUUCUUGUAUUGGAAAAAAAAGAUGUAUUAUUUCCUUAAAUCAGAAGGGGUUGACUUGUGGGAUGUUGUAAAAAAUGGGCCAUUCACCCCAACAAAAAUUGUGGAUGGUGUGCAUGCAGCUAAGCCUAAGGGUGAAUGGAGUGAGCAAGAGAAAAGAAGAGUGGCUUUAAAUGAUAAGGCUAUUCAUGUUCUAUUUUGUGCAUUAAGUAGAAGUGAAUAUAAUAAAGUGUGUAUGAAGUCUACUACAAAAGAAAUUUGGGAUGCCUUGGUGGUUACUCACGAGGGUACUAUUCAAGUAAAGGAGAAUAAGAUCGAUUCCCUCAUCUAUAAAUAUGAAUUGUUCAAGAUGAAGUCGGAUAAAACCAUAAGUGAGAUGUAUGAUAGAUUUGUGGAGAUUAUAGGAGGAAUUAAAUCCCUUGGAAAGACAUUCACAAAUGAGGAGCUAGUAAAGAAGAUUUUAAGAAGUCUUCCUAAGGAGUGGCUAUCCAAAGUAACUUCACUAAAGGAUUCCAAGGACUUGAGCAAGGUACAACUUGAUGAGCUCUUAGGAAAUCUCAUUGACUAUAAGAUGAAUCUCAAAAGAGAGCAAGUGGAGGAACUUAACAAAGCCAAAAAGACCAUUGCCUUUAAAGUAUCUUCUGAAAACUCAAGUGAUGAAGAUGAUGAGUUUGAUGAGGAAGAAUUAGCUCUAGUGACAAGGAGAAUAAGGAAGAUGCUAUUCCAAAACAAGAAGUUAAUCCUGAAGAGGAUCUUCAAGAAGGAUAAGGGUGAAAGUAGCAAGAGGGAUCCUCCCAUAUGCUUUGAAUGCAAUAAGCCAGGUCACAUUAGAAUGGAUUGUCCCAAAUUGAAGAAGACUUUCAAGAAGUUCAAGAAGAAAGCACUUAAAGCAACAUGGGAUGAAUCAAGUGACUCCGAAGAUGAGGAGAUUGGUGAUCAAGUUGCCCAAAUGUGCUUCAUGGCAGUGGAGGAAAGCUCCAAUGAGGUAACUUUAAAUGAUGAUGAUGUUGAAUUUUCUUAUAAAGAACUAGUUAAUGCAAUUAAAGUUAUGAAUGAUGAACUUGAGUUGAGUCAUAAGAAAAACAAGCUCUUGAAAAAGGAAGUAGUUUGGAAGGACAAACUUGAUACAAUUUUGGACUCUCAAAGGUCUCCUAGCAUCAAGUAUGGACUUGGCUAUAAUAAAUUUGCCCAAGUACCUCCUUCCAAGACCAUCUUUGUUAAAGCAUCUAGUUCUAAUGAGCCUAGUCCCCAAGUACAUAGUCUAAAGGUGUCCAAUCCUAAAGGACAAGAGCCAAAGAAAUCUUGUGGUAAUGAAACUAGAAAGACUUCAUUUCAUCAACAUGCUUCUAGAUAA